UUUUCUAGUCUUUUUUUUCUGCCAUCUACUCUAAAGUUAAUGGCUUCUUCUCAAUCUACUCUCUCACCCCUCUUCUCUGCACCACCAGCAACUUCUUUACAAAUAGCUCCUACUACUAGUAGUGAUGAGGAGUCUGCUUAUAUUGACUGGGACAAUCUUGGAUUCCAAUUGAUGCAAACUGAUUAUAUGUACGUGACAAAAUGCUCUGAUGAUGGAAUAUUUAGACAAGGACAACUUAAUCGUUAUGGCAAUAUCCAAUUGAGCCCAUCUGCUGGUGUCUUGAACUAUGGACAGGGAUUGUUUGAAGGUACAAAAGCGUAUAGAAGAGAGGAUGGACGAGUAUUUCUAUUUCGUCCUGAACAGAACGCGAUAAGAAUGCAAAUUGGUGCGGAGAGAAUGUGCAUGCCAUCUCCUUCGACUGAUCAAUUUGUUGAGGCUGUUAAGCAAACGGCUCUCGCUAACAAGCGUUGGAUUCCACCUUUUGGAAAAGGGGCACUAUACAUUAGGCCUCUUUUAAUAGGCAGUGGUCCAAUUUUGGGUUUUGCUCCAGCACCUGAGUACACUUUUCUUGUCUAUGCCUGCCCUGUGGGGAAUUAUUUCAAGCAAGGGACAGCGCCACUGAACUUAUACGUUGAAGAGGACGUGCAUCGUGCCUCACGUGGUGGAGCUGGCGGAGUCAAAAGCAUUACUAACUAUGCUCCGGUUUUAAAAGCUAUGAAGAAUGCAAAAGCAAAUGGAUAUUCAGAUGUACUAUAUGUUGAUGCAGUAAAUAAGAAAUAUAUUGAAGAAGUGUCUUCUUGCAAUAUUUUCCUUGUAAAAGGAAAUGUACUCUCAACUCCAAUAGCCAAAGGAACUAUUCUUGAAGGAAUAACAAGAAAAAGCAUCAUAGACAUUGCACUUGAUCUUGGAUAUACGGUUGAGGAACGUUUAAUUGAAGUUGAUGAAUUGUUUAGUGCUGAUGAAGUUUUCUGUACGGGAACUGCAGUUGGUGUUGCUCCUGUUGGAAGUAUCACAUAUAAAGGCCAAAGGAUUGAAUAUAAAAUAAGCUCAGAUCAGUUGUGCAAGCAAUUUUAUUCAAGAUUAGUAGGGAUACAAAGAGGUGUUAUCAAGGAUGAAAGGAAUUGGAUCGUGGAGAUUGAAUGAUUUUAAAGUUUCUUAACAAAUCUUUUUGCUAUUAUAUAUAUUAAUGC